AUGUCAGGGACUCACCGGCACUUUAACUCAACUGGUUCGCUCACCGACGACUCGACUUCAGAGUGCGACUCGGACGAGUCAGACCGUCUGUGCAGGAAGGAUUCAAGAGGGGUAAAUAUUACUCGUGCGUGUUUCAAAAACUUCGAAGUUCCAAUGUCAAAGACUAACCGGCACUAUAACUCUUCAGAAGGCAUGCGUGCAACUUCCGAUGCCCUGAGUCGUGCGUUCGAGGCUUCUCAGUGGAACCUCGCGCCACGAUUACUCACCUUAGAGGAAAAAUGCCGAAGCCGUUGUCGUGAGACCCAAGAGCUAGGAAUGACUCUCGUGUCUAGUGAUAAGCUCACUAAAACUGGAGUGAUGCGAUUGGCGAGCCAAAGCCCGUCCAGUGGCCACAAGCCCUAUACUGCGGAGCAGUUGCAGCAGCUCCUGCCAAGCGAAGAAAGUUUGUCGAAGGGGAUCGCGUGUCGCUCGCAUGCCAGUGCCAGCGAUCCGGCUGCAUUUGCCAGCACCAACCUACUCGCAGAGAGUCUCGCGCUGCACACCGUUGCUUACCUUCGCUCCAGCGGCUGGGGCUGGCGAAGGACCCGACUCGGACGCGCGCAUCAGAGGGUUCAUGCUGCGCGCGGGCCAGUCGAGAUGAUUAUCGCGUUCACCGCCAUCCUCCUGCGCGACUCACCCGUCCUACCGAUGCGUCAAGCGACGAUCCUACACGGCAUUCGCUUGGCGUUGGAAGCGUUGCUUACCCAGCAAGACAUCGACUGGGUCGACGUCCUGCCGCUUGCGGAACACGCUGUGCGCAUCGCAGAGUCAUUCGGAUCCACGGACACCGAGGAUGGCGCCUCGAGUAGCUUGCCUUCCUUAGAAACCCGCACCAAGUGCCCAUCCGAUGAUCAAGAGUGGUUCAUUGUCUCCGUGCCUCGUGUGACUGACCGCCCCGCACGCUCCCUGCAUAUCGCGCCUGCCCGCUCCCUGCAUAUCGCGCCUGCCCGCUCCCUGCGUACCGCGCACCCGCGCACCCUGCGUACCGCACUCACGCCUGUUCACGCCUUCGUCUCGCUCGCACGCGCCCGCCGCUCGCCAACAUUGCUGAGUCUUAGCUGUUGUGCUUCAGCAUUGACAGAACGUGAGUGCUACGAGCACCUGCCAAGUCCUGUCAUACACAAACUGGAACGCACGCAUGAUUGCCUUGAUAUCGGGGAAAUUGAGAGCCUCGCGUGGCUUGCGUGUACGUUCCUCAGGCCUAGCUACUACUACCGGUUCCUGCUUAGUCAGUAUAUGCAAACUCGCACUGCCUACGCACUUUGCGAUGCCGCGGUCUUACAAAGCGAGGGCGAGGGCGUCCAGACUGGCUUCACCCAGUACUUCAGGUGUCUGCACAAUCGGAGAGUCAGAGUGCCUGAUGGGCGGAUGGGUGGACAGGAACGAGCGGGCGACCCGGAGUUAAUGGUCAGCAAAUGCGUUAGCGAGACGUGUGCGCUGAUGAGUGAGAAGACGCGUGGGCGGAUGAGUGGGCAGGCUAAGUCCUUGGCAGUGACGCAGUUUCCCGAAACAUGCAGAGGGCGAGAGUGGUUGUGGCAGCUCAGCACAUUGCCCAGUGAGCGUGUUUCAAUGGAACUCACCAUCAAAGGCCACUGCACGUUUGACCGCCGAGACCCUUGCGAGACCCUUGCGAGUGCUGACGGAGCGGACAAUGAAGGAGGCAAUGAUCAAGAUGAAAUCCGGGAGCAAGAGCGAGACAACCGCACGGAUUAG